AUGAAUACAAACGUUACCGCGCCAGCUCCAAGCACCAUCCCUAUUAACCAAGAACACACUGUCCAGCAACACAAAGACACAAUCCCAGCCUACACCUCGGCAGAGUUCGACAAUCCGCAGCAGCAGUACACUCCGGCCACAAACCCCCGGCAAAACGCAAAGAUCAAGGUUAGCAAGACAAUCUGCUGCACCCGUGCAGUCGGUGUUAUCGACACAAACACCAUUUUGACAUGUAGCUCCAGCGCUGCAACCUGCGUUGGAGGUACAUUCAUCAACGUCGGGGGAUGUAGCACAGACUGCAUCGACGCAGACACACAGACCGAGAGCGCAAAGAGGAUUGACGGAGAGGAGGCAGUCGUUGGCGUCGACACAAGCAUCUGUACCUCCGCCUCCUGCUGCCGAACAUACACCGUUGUUGCAUGUGUCUCCAGGAGUAGUGCAGUCAGCGUUGCCGGUGCACGCAUCGCCGGUACUGCCUCCACCGCCACCUCCGGCCUGUACGCAGACAGCGUUGAGGCAGACACAAAUGUUGAGAAGCCCAUUGAGGCAUAG